GCUUUGGCAGCACAGUCCACCGUGGUCCGCAGUCUAGCUAGCCUGGUCGAUCAAUGAUCAAGCGAUCCAUCGCCGCAUCACACAACAAUGCCAUGUAGAUUUAGAUUGACUUGGCGGUAGGCUUCUUCUCGGCGUUUCCUCCUUUCACCAUCGAGAGGCUUCCCUGAGCUCAAAGCUACAAAGCCUGAGACUGAUAUGAGAAGAAAAAAAACUCGUGGUAUUCAAGUUAUCGUGUGGCCCUGACAGUAGAUCUACAAAAGGAUCCGGCCUUCUAGAGUGUCGACUCGAUGGCCGUAUAAUCACUUCAUUUGUCCUUUACGAGGCUUGAGUGAAUGAUCGCAACCGACAUGCAAAGUCAGCAAACGACUCGGGCUCCAUUUUUCAAGCCCCUUUCGCCUCCAUCGCUGAAUCCCGCAGUAUCCGACAGCACUCAGGAGAGACUUCUUCAAGAUAAGCAACGGGCCAGCAACCAAUCCUCACGGACGAAAGAUUUAUCAUGGGAUACCAUACAGAGUGCUUCACUUCACGCCCGGCUACAGCAGGAAGCAGAGAAAAUCCGUCGAUGGAAGCUGUCAACAGAACUGGAUCUGAAACAGCGGGAACGAAAGAUAACUGAAUGCCAGUCAACUAUUGAGCAGCAACGCAAGGCUCUUCUCGACUUGCAAUUGGAAACGGAAGAUCUGACGGUACGUCUCCAAAAUGAAGUAUCUAACCAGCAAGAAGUACAACACAAGAUUGAAACCACUAGAGAUAUGUGUACAGCUUUGAAAGACCAUGCAACCAAAGUUGAUACGAAUGUCCAGCAAGGUGAAACAGACCGCUCAGAACUGAAAUCUCGUCACCAGGCACAGGUUGAUAAGAUGCAAGAUCUGGUAACACAAUUCCAUCAGCUUGAGCUGCAAUGUACCGUCGAACAUGAGAACACAAUAAAACAACAUGAGGAAGAGAAGGCAAAUCUCACAGCAGCCAAGAACACCUUGCAGGCUCAGAUAGAGACAUUGAGGAAAGAGCAAGGUGCACUUCAAAUUUCUGCUGGUCAAUCGUCAGAGAAGAUAACUUUGCUUAGUCAGCAGCUGGAAGAGAUGGAAAGAGCAAAGCAGGCACUCGAGGAUGAGAAAGGUGCAAUAUGUGACAAGUUACGUCACUCUGAGAGUGUAUCAGAAUCUCAAUCAGUGCAGAUUGAAUCCCUGGCGGCACGACUUGAAGCUUCUCAGAAUAUGAUCCAGCAACUUACGGACCGUACACACUUACUCCAGAGUAACAUAGCAGAGUUGGAAAAAGAGCAAAAGUUACAACUGGAGCAGUCCUCCAGUGAGACACAGCGGCUUACGAAUGACUUGGAGAGUGCCCGCAAUGAGCUGUGUGAAAUCAAAUCUGAGCUGGAGAAAGAAGAGAAGAGGGCACUCCUUCUCCUUGGUGAUUUAGAGGCUGAGCAAAGAAAAGUCGACGGCUUACUGAGCGAAAAAGAUUCUAUUGAGAAGAUGAAUUCCUCUUUGCGAGAAGAGCUUUGCCAAGCUGCGGAGGAAAAGGAUACACUCGAGUCACAGUUGGAAAGCAUGCAAUCACAAAAAUCAGCUCUGGAAGAGACACUUGCUGCUGCUCAUAGCAACUAUUUGAGCUUGAAAGACAGCCUGGAGGGAGUUGAGACACACCUUGAAGCUGCUCAUAAGGAUCUUGCCACUUUGAAGGCGGACUGUGCUGCUCUGAGUGACAAGAACAUUGGCCUUCAAGAUGAAUUGGCUAUACAAAAGGGUGCACUUGCAAACAUGCACAGUGAUCUAGAGAAGGCUCGAACAUCUCAACGAGACCUUGGCGAUCAGCUGCACAGCACUGAAGGGGAACUGGAAACAUUGAAAACAAGCCAUGCUCAACUUUCCAUUGAAGUUGAUUCCUUAAAGGAGUGCAAAGAAACUUUGGAGAAGGAACACCAGAGCAUUUCCUCUGCAUUGGAUAGUGCAAAGUCUGAGAUAAAAAAUCAUGUUGAGACUGAAACAGAACAGAAGAAGAUGAUAUCUGAUAUGGAAGAGGAAUCCGCUCAGUUACGGGAAAAGAUUGAACAAACCCAGGAGAAUGCAUCUUCCGCCAGUGGAAAAGCUGGAGAAGCUCUUGAAAAGAAGCAGCAGCAGAUAAAGACCUUGAAGAAAGACCUCGCUGAAGAAGUGAAGAAAGUCAGAGCUUCUGAGAAGCAGGUGCGUGUACUGGAGACGCGAAAAGCUGACCUGGAACAGGAGACGAUUGAAAGAGAUGCCAAGAUCGAUGAGCUAAGUGAAACACUGAAAGGAAAGGAUGAAGUGCUGAAUGUUCUCAACAACAAGAUUACACAACUGGAGGAGCUUCAACAGCAAGCACAGGCAGCUGUGGAGAGUGAACGAGAAGCUCAGAUGCAAUAUGAACUGAAGAGCCAAGAACUGUGUGCAACUCUGGAAAAGUACCAGAUUGAGAAUCAGAAGAUAGUGGAAAGGAAGGAUAAGGAAGUGGAGGAUUUGAAGUUGCAUGUUCGCUCGGUGGAGAGCAAGCACAAAGAAGAACAACUCUUAGCGGCAAGGAAGGAUGACGAAAUCCAGCAACUUCAACAACAGCUCAAAGAACAGAAACUUGACCUGGAUACCAAAGUCAAGGAAAUGAGUGACAAACUGGAGAAAUUUGAAGGCAUGGAAAUGGAUAUCCAAGAGAAGUGUGCUGCCACGGGGAAGGAAAACACUCCUGCAACUAAUGCAUGCAAAGCAGGAGACCAAGAAAUGGAUAUGUCACCUCCAUACGACAGCCAGAUAUUCAAGAGUUUGCCGCGCACACCAAGGGCCAAUGCAUCCAAGAGCAAGACAUCAAGCUCAGCUCAAACUCCACGUUCUGCCAAGCCAUCUACACCUGCUGCCACAUCAACACCUGGUAUUCUCCGAACUGGUCCUUCAUCGCAAUACAAUAAACGCAAAGUAAUUUUUGCCGGUGACCAAGAAAGGAGUAAAUCACCAGACACGAGUGAGGACACACUUCAGGACACUGAUGCCCUUUUUCAGGCUGUGUGCAAGACUCCGGUUAUCCCUGCUAAAUCACCCAAGCUGUCAACAGCCCCCACUACCCCACGCUCCAACAUUAGACUUGCGCCGACAACUCCAACAAGACAGUCACCGGCAGCAAAGCAACCAAGACUAGCUGCUGCCAGGGCAGCUGUUCGGACCGAAAAGGAGCAGUUUGUGGAGCUGUUUCCCGAAAAAUCAAUACCACCUGUUACUUCUCGCGAGAAGAAGCGGGCAAAUUCCAUACAGUCGUCUCGUAGCAUGAAGAAGCUGAAGAUUAAGUCAUCAGACGGAGCAUCGAAAAAGCCCAAACCAGAUGAAACUAACUGGUUUGACACGGAUACUGUUUUCGGUUUCCGUCCUGAAGAAUGAAUAGUCCUGCUCUCAAACGUUCCUGUCCAUUCUUCUUCCUGGUUUGCUGUUGCUUGCCCUUGCCAACCUAGAAAGAUUACUUAGCCAGCAGAGCCUCAUUCAAUCCAUCCCUUUUUCAGGAGCCUGCCACACUAACAAAGUUUUAACCAGAGUUUACCCACAUAUCAUUUGGUGAGACAUGUGAUCUUUCAGUGUUUUAUCAGUGCUUUAUCUGGCAACUGUCCAUUUAGAAAGGUUGCCAACAUCAAUGAAACUAAUUCUAUUUUAGAUGGCAAUCCUAUUUGUAAUGAUCCAAUAGUAUAAUAAUUGAUCGCUGGCAGUUUAGAGUGUGUCUUGGGCACCCACUGAUAAGUAGCCCCUCUGCGUCCGGCUUCUUUUUCUUUCAUGCCAGAUCACACUCCUGGCUUGCAAGCAUUUCUUGUGUUUUAGACAGCAAGCACCAGGAUAGGAUUAUUCAUUAAGUUCACCAGUAAAACUCACCCCUGAAAAGGUACAAAAGGUACACUUGUUCCUUGUUGGUCUACCUUACUUCUCCCUUCUCCAUUCAUUCAUGAUGGUUUGCCCGAAGGUCAAGAGUACAUAUACAUACUGGUAACCAUGCUAACCAAGAGUUUGCAGCUCGGCGAUUUACAGCUGAACUUUUUUUAUGACAUCAGUCUUUCCCGGCCCUUAAGGCCUUUGGCUC